AUGGCCGUCCUCCGCGCCUGGCCGCCCUUUCUCCCGCAGCCACUCUCGCGCCCCUCUCACUCUCAGUCCAAGCGGCGCCCCACCUGCCGCGGAGUCGCAGCCACAGUCACACCCGGUCCUGCUCCUUCCACCAGGUCCAGGACCGGCGGCGUCCAUGUCCAUGGAGGCCGCGCCAAGAAGGGGCUUCUUGGGGCAAGGGGAAGGCCGCGGGAGGAGCGGGUGCCCUGCCUACCCGCGACGGAGGCGGGGGUUGGUGCGGCAGGCGUCGCGAGGGAGGAAGACGAGGACGACGAGUAUCUGGCGCGGGAGGCCGGGUGGGGCGUGCGGCGGAUGGGGCGGGUCGGCGAGGAGAUGCGGCGGGUGGCGCAGGUCCAGGCCCAGGCCUUCCACGUCCCCGUCGCGCUCUUCAACGACUUCUUCUUCAAUUUCUUCAAAGCCGAGGUGCUGUCGGCGCUCAUCUACAGAGUGAGGAACUCGCCGCCUGACAGAUAUGCUUGUUUGGUGGCUGAAGAAGCUGAGGCAGCCGACCAGCUGUCAAAGGCACCAUAUGAGAGGAUUGUCGGGGUUGUGGAUUGCACGGUGCAGGAUGAAGACGACAUCCUUAAGCAACUCCAAGGCGUAGAUGAGUACCUCUAUGUGUCAGGAAUUGCAGUCUUGCCAUCAUUCAGGAGGAGGAAGGUAGGGACUGCGUUGCUGAAGGCCUGCGAGGCACUGGGGGUCAAAUGGAGGCACAGAUUUAUGGUUCUGAGGGCAUAUGAAGAUGACGAUGGUGCUCGAGGACUCUAUGCCAAAGCAGGGUACAGGGUCGUGUCAAGGGAUCCGGACUGGGUCACCUGGGUUGGGAGGAGAAGGCGUGUUGUGAUGAUAAAAGACUUGCCGGUUCACGAUAAUCAGAUUGAACAACAAUGA